UGUCACGUGCCAUUUAUUUGGGAGCGGUUUUUAAUUGGAGGCCAUUAAUGUAGUGCAAAGAAACACACCAAGUAUCAGUCUCUUGUAAUGGCUACUAUAAUAUCCCACACUACACCUCAUCAUCCUCGUAUAACUAUUGUUGAAGCAAAGGACGCCAUUCCCUCCUCUUCCUCACCCUCCUCAUCUCUAACUUCAGAAACUUUAUCACAGAGUUCCCUCCCAAGAUCUCCUUUAAAGAGCAGUCCGAUAAAAGAUCCCAUUCCUCCUUUUACUCGGUCUCGUGUCCUUAAACACGUUAGUCUUCCUCGCUCAAAGUUAAGAGAAAUCACUCCACAUUCGCCUUCUCUCUCUCUUCAACAAGGGCCUCAACCUCCUCCUCGUGUUAAUCCAGAACCAGUACAAGAUACCCAUCUCUUUGUUGAUACUAAUUCACUUGUUCCUUUGAAGCACAGUCUUGGGCCAGUGGUUUUGCCAAAUGCAAGAAAGGUCAAGGAAGAGAUGAAAAAGGGACGCUUUGAAGCAACAUUACCUGGCAAGACACAAGAAAGCAAAGGCCUUCUGAUGCUGAAAGGCUUGGGCUCUGAGGAAGGAAGGAGUACUGUCAAGAUGGCUUCUAUGUCUACUCUCAAAAGAGGUGUUAGUGUAGAGAAUGACAAUAUGGAACAGUCAAUUGACACUGAUAAUGGUGGCAGUGUAACAACAGCUUCAUCAUCCUUUCAGGCAUCACUUCCUCUUCCUCUUCCUCAAACAAUGGAGCCUAUCAUAACAGCUGACAAUGAGCUUGCUAAAGAUAAGGAGGCCAAAGAGGGGGGAGGAGGAGGAGGGAAAGAGGGGGAGAGGGUCAUCACUAAGAAUCAGUGGACUACCACUGAUGGUCUUCACUAUUUGACAACAAAGGUUGUUGAUGAUGACCGGUUGAUAAAGGUGAUCCAAAAAGGACAGGAGCUCCUCCAUGAGAUCCGCAUGGCUCAUUCUCACCUCCCAUACUCAGCAAUGGAGAGACAGACAGAUUGUUUCUCAAUCGAAAAAAGUGAGAUCACACAGAGGGUGACAAAGGUCUUGUACACUUCCUCAAAUGAUUUUAAAGCCAAAGAUACAGGCACUGCUAAUAGACUGUCUACCUUUCAUCAAAAGAAAUCAAAACUUGCCAGAGAUGGCCAAAAGAACAAGGUGUGUCUGUAUAGAGGAGAGGCUGACCAUAAUUCAGCCUCAAGUUUAGAGAGGUAUAUGCACCUAACCACAGGCUGCCCUUCCUCCUCUAUUGACUUUGUACCUGCUAAACCAGUUCUGGUGUCUUCUUAUCAAACUACAGGAAAGAUAACAUAUCUAAAUGAUGAUGUAACAAGCAUAGAGAGAGGAACGAUAAAAAAAGAACAAAGAGGAUUGCCAGGAGUGGCAGACAGUGGCCCAUUGAGAGAGCAAGAAUGGGUAGAAAAGACAGAGGCUGGGUCUACUCAAAAAAGUUGUUAUAAACUUGACAUGUGUCACAUUGGUGGCGUUACUCUAGUCGAGAGUAAUCUUGACGAGCAACACGAGGAGGUCCUGAUUGAGGAAAGAGAGAGGAGUCAUGGAGGGGGAGAAGAGGAAACCCGAUACGAGGAAGUGAAGAAGGAAAGUAAUGUGUGUCCCGUGGAGGAAAUAAAAGGGAAUUUAGUAAUGAGGGUGACGUCACCAGUUCACAAAGGACCGGAGGGCAGUCUUCAAAACACUCGCCCCAGACUAGCUGUCCAGGUUCUGCCGUCAGUUAGUAUAGAUCCUGUUACCAAGAAGAAGGACAAUAAUGCUGUUCUGUCAUUAGCGUGUAGCAGUGAAAGUACACCUAGUGACACUGAAAAGCCUUUCAUCCCAACUACUCCUCAUCAAGCCAUCAGACUAGAAGGAAAGGUCUACCUACCAAUAUCACCUCGGACUUCUCCUCCCCCUCUCUCUCUCCCUGUUCUCUCAAAUGAAGCUGAAAGGACGAGAAAGACUCAUUUUUCUAACGACGUCUCUUUGGAUCAAGUCCAACAAAAAGCACAAUCACAUAUUAAAGGACAAGCUCAGGAGUGGGCUAAACAUGAGCUCUUAGUUCAGUUAUUGUCUAGUCUCAGAGACAGCAAUGUCUCCUUGGCUUCCUCUUCCUCUUCUCUGUCACAUUCCCCUCGGCAAUCUGUUGCCAGGGAAUCUGAUAACGUUGCCAAUCUAGUUAAGGAAAUUUUGUUACAGGAAGCUCUGAGCUUAUAUCAUCCCCUGGAAGACUCCGAGACUAAAGAGGAAGAGGAGGAAGAGGAGGAAGGAGGGGAAGGAGAGGAUUACAGUGACACUUCAUUUGAAAGUGAAGUGAUCACACCAUUAUCCACCCCAUCCCCCACUCCUCCUUCCUCUCCGAUCGUCAUUCCCAAGGAAGCCACACCCAUCAUACACACCCCUGAGUUGACUCCUGUUGGCUCCUUGACAAUCUCACCAAAGGAAGAGGAAGAUGAACUCAUUACACCCCAGGGAUCUCCUAAUUCUCAAUCUUCUAUCACUUAUGAUAAUUCUACUGUGUCUCAUAAAUCAACGACUAGUCAUGCAUACGAAGUACUAGCUGAUACAUCGUAUGCCACCCCCACACCAACAGUCAUCUCACUCCCUAAUGACGCCAAAGAGAAAGAUAUUAUUGUGGAAGAAGAAAAACCAGAAGUUCCCGAGUCUGUGACAGACUCCUCCUCUUUCUCCUCCUCUUCCUCGCAGAAUAACACCCACAGUAAAGUACUGGUAACUAGUGAUAGCAGUGUCACUACUGAUAAUGAUAUAUCAGUAGGGGAAAAUUUAAGGUCGUUGCUAGGUGCUGUCCCACCUCAGCCGCCUACGGUUUGUAAUGACGUAUCACUGAGUGAAGGGGAAGUCCCUCUGUCACCUGGUGACACUCGCUGGAAUGUAUUUGUUGGUAAUAGAGUCCAACAAACUAACCUUAGUACUGUUUGUCGCGUUACAGAUCAAUAUACAGACAGCAUGACAACUACCGAAGAGACUAAUAAGGAAUCCAUAACGCCAUUCCAGCUAAAUAUAUUGACUCCUGGUUUUCCAAUGCAGCCUUCUCUUCUCUCCUUUCACCAUCAUCCUCCUCGUCAUGCUGCUACUGCUUUCAUCUCAACUCCUUUUAAUAACAAUGAGCGAUCUUCUAAAAGAGGAACAAGUAAAGAAGCUGUAGCUGAUAUUAAAUCUACAAAUGACAAUGCUAUUAUGAGUAGCGGCUCUAACAAUAAUGAUGAUGAUACUUUGGCCCAUGUUCCUUCGCUCUCUGACGAACCUCACUCGUUAAAUAAUCAACUAACUCCUCCUCCUUUAUCACCAGGAGAAGUGCCCUGCCCUCACUCAAGGGGCAAGGUGGCUACAGGCUCUCCCCAACUCUCCGAAGGAGAAGUCCCAGUUUUUACUCAUAAAAAAAGCAAAAAGACAAGAGAGGGGACAGUUGUUAUUAAUUUGUCGCGUAACAGAAAAAGUGACAAUUCUAACGACGGAGCUCAAGUUGUUCGAGUAGCUCCUGUUAAAAAGUCUGUUUCAUUGGCCACACCUUCACAGCCUCAGUGGGUCUCCCAAAGUGUCUUACGUUCCUCUUCUAAGUCUUCGUUGCCAAGAAAACCGUACGAUAGAAUUGCUGAUCCAGACCCAGUAUUUAAUAUUUCUUCAAGGGGUCCUGUGAUGAUAUUGGAUACUGAUAAUGAUCAUAAUGCAUCGUCUAUAGAUUCACUAACAUUGACUUGAUUAUAGGACAAAAAUAGCAACCAUAUAUAUAUUCACUUUAUUUUAUGUUAUUUUAUUCAA